AUGGCAGAGUAUGCGGUGAGCAUUGUGAUCGAUUAUUUGGUUUCGUUACUUGCAGAGGAGGUGAAUCUUUUGAGAGGUGUGCACAGAGAAUUCGAAAGUAUCAAAUGUGAAUUAGAGUUCAUUAAGCCCUAUCUGAAGGAUGCAGACGAAAGGGCCGAAAAAGGAGAGAGCAAUGAUGGUGUAAAAGCUUUGGUGAAACGAGUAAGGAAAGUUUCUUACCGAAUAGAAGAUGUGAUUGAUGAAUACAUACUUCAUCUGCUGACACAACGCUCUGAUCAGCGUCGUGGGUUCAUCAGUUUUCUUUACAAGGUUGCUCAAUCGAUCAUAAAAUGUAAACCCCGACAAGAGAUAGCCUCGGAGAUUCAAGAGAUCAAAACAACUCUCCAUGAGAUCCACGAACUACGGAAUAGAUACGGUUUACAUGUCAAAGAGGAAGGAUCAAGCAGCAGCAGCAGCAGCAAUGUGAAGAAUGAGUCGACAUGGCAUGAUCCUCGAGUGGCUUCCCUUUUUCUUGACGAAGCUGAAGUGGUAGGCAUCGAGUCUCCACGAGCUGAACUGACGACCUUGAUGGCAGAGGAAGCAUCACCAAAAAGAACGGUGAUUUCAGUGGUUGGUGAGGGUGGACUUGGAAAGACCACUCUUGUGAAGAAGGUCUAUGAUGACCAAGUAGCAUGUGGGAACUUUGUUUGCCAUGCUUGGAUAACUGUCUCUCAAUCAUACAACAACAAGGACCUAUUGAGGACUGUAAUGAAGAAAUUCUGCGAGACUACUUCCAAUGGAAUUGAAACAAUAGAAGAGGCAUCACUCAUCGGCAAGCUAAGAGAAUAUUUACAACGAAAAAGGUACGUGGUUAUUUUUGACGAUGUAUGGGACAUGCGUUUUUGGAAUUUCAUAAAACCUGCUUUACCCGACGAUAACAAAGGUAGUCGGGUAAUUAUCACUACAAGAAACAAUGGUGUGGCUACUUCUUGCAUAGAAUCUAAAUUUGAUAAGAUCUAUGAACUCAACCACCUGUCUCACGAAAAAGCAUGGGACCUCUUCUGCAAAAGCGCAUUCCAAUCUGAUUAUGGAGGGAUUUGUCCUCCGGCAUUGAAGGAAGUGUCGGAUGAAAUUGUUAGAAAAUGUAAUGGAGUGCCACUUGCUAUUGUAAUGAUAGGUCGUCUAUUGUCAACCAAAGAUAAGGUUGUAUUGCAGUGGCAAAAUUUUUCUAAUAGACUCGGUUCUGAGUUGAAAAGUAACCCCCAUCGAGAAGAUGUCAAGAAGAUUAUUCUCUUCAGCUAUCUUGAUUUGCCCUACCACCUCAAACCUUGUUUCUUGUAUUUUGGCAUACUUCCAGAAGACUACUCCAUUAGACAUGGAAGACUAAUUCGAUUAUGGAUCGCUGAGGGUUUUGUAAAAGAAGAUAGAGGUAAAACAUUGGAAGAGAUCGCAGAAGAAAACUUGAAAGAGCUCAUCCAUAGAAGCUUGGUUCAAAUAUCACGGGGCUACACAGUUGACCAAAAAGUUCAAUGA